AUGACCAUUUCCUUGGCAACUGGUCUUCUUGCCUUUGUAUUCCUAUACGAAGAAUCCAAAUGCUUCAGCGCUCCGACCGAGGGAGUUGAGUUAGAGACAAACAAGGAAACUAGGACAACGGAGUGUUCUCAGAAAAGCCACGAUACUAAAAAGAACCCGGAGAUCGAAAGCCACAAGCAACCUGCAGAAAUGACAACCCUCGAUAAGCUGCCGCCUUUAUACGACGUUGAUAUUGAUGAAUCAAUCCCAUCCACGUCCUACAAACAGCGUCUAUUGCAAUUUACAGUUAGUCGCGGAUCGAUCUCACAACUCCUCCUACAUACCUCCCAACCUUUCCAUGUCAUGCUUUGUAUUCCAGGCAUAUUAUACAUGGCGAUCAUCUAUGGUAUGUCAUGGGCCGUCAUGACAAUCAUUGGGACAAAUAUGGCCACUUUCAUGCCAGCCCCACCAUAUAAUUUCAGUGCAUCCGGCGUCGGCCUUAUGACGUUGCCUGUCUUCGUUGGAACAGGGAUUGGAGUGGAAAUUGUCGGACCUACUUCUGAUAGGCUGAUUCUCUAUCUUGCAAAGCGGAAGAAUGGAAUAUACGAACCUGAAAUGCGCCUCUGGUUAUUAGUUGCUUUCAUUCCGUUAGUUCCUACCGGUCUCAUGGUGGCAGGCUGUGGCUUUCAAUAUAGUCUUCCAUGGCCUAUCGUAGCUGUGGGGUUCGGUGCCGCUUCUUUGGGGAUCACACCAGCAAUUAGUGUAUCACUGACCUACGUUAUCGAUGCUUAUACCGAGGCAAAUCCUGGGAGAUGCUAUGAUGGGCAUUACAUUCGUUCGCAAUAUUCCCUCAAUGGUGAUACCUUCUUCCUGCUGCCGUGGAUAAACCGCAUGGGGCUUUUGAAUGUUCAUAUCGUGGUAUCCGUCAUUUCGACCGUGAUAUUCAUGAUUACAUUUACAUUUAUCUACUACGGAAAAAGGAUCCGUACGGCCACUGCUACUCGGUAUCGGUGGUUUUCCUCUCGUCAGUUCAGCGACCGGAUUUAA